GUCGUCACAACGGAGCUUGCGGCAGAGAUUCAGCUGUUGGCUUCUAUCCUGUCCAGCGGCGGCCGAUACUUGGAGCGUCAUGGCGAUCUUCACGCCGACCAACCAGAUUCGCCUGACCAAUGUGGCCGUCGUGCGGAUCCGGCGGGCGGGGAAGCGUUUUGAGAUUGCCUGUUAUCGGAACAAAGUCAUGGGCUGGCGGAGCGGCGCUGAAAAGGACCUUGAUGAAGUAUUGCAGACACAUUCAGUGUUUGUGAAUGUCUCCAAAGGUCAAGUGGCAAAGAAGGAAGACCUUGUCAAAGCUUUUGGCACAGAUGAUCAGACGGAAAUCUGCAAAACAAUCCUAACCAAAGGGGAAUUGCAGGUCUCUGAUAAAGAACGCCACACUCAGCUGGAGCAGAUGUUUCGUGACAUUGCAACCAUUGUUGCAGACAAAUGUGUCAAUCCAGAAACCAAGAGACCCUACACAGUCAUCCUUAUUGAAAGAGCUAUGAAGGAUAUACAUUAUUCAGUCAAGCCUGGGAAAAGUACCAAGCAGCAGGCUUUGGAAGUCAUCAAGCAGCUGAAGGAGACGAUGCAGAUUGAGCGGGCACACAUGAGGCUACGCUUCAUCCUCCCUCGGAAAGAAGGCAAGAGAUUGAAAGAGAAGUUGAAGCCACUGAUCAAAGUAAUCGAAAGUGAGGAUUUUGAUGAACAGCUGGAAAUUGUGUGCCUUGUGGAUCCAGGCUGCUUCCGGGAGAUCGAUGAAUUGAUCAGGUGUGAAACCAAAGGCAAAGGAACCCUUGAAGUUCUCAGCCUGAAAGAUGUGGAAGAAGGUGAUGAACGCCUGGAAUAAUUGGGUGCCUGUGGUGUCGCUUCGCAAAGACUGUAUUAAAAGGCAUCCUAGAGUUGCCUCAUUGAGGAUUGAUCUUUGCUCUUUUCCAUUUUGAGGGUUUAUAAAGUUACCCUCUGCUCCUUCCCCAAACUUUGAUGAUUGGUAUCAACUAAAGGUACCUAAUAAACCCACUUAGCCCUUAGCUUACCUGAUAACGAAGGGACUUUACAGAGUUUACUCCUAUGUUGAUUGUUUUGAGUGUACCUGCAAAGUGACAAUUUAAUGUUAAGUGCCAAAAUGCCUUUCCUUAAAAGCAAAAGGCUUCAAGGAAGGGAUUGACUGCAGAAUUAGCAUCCUGAGUUAAUAACUCAGGUUUCCCUCAAAACAAGCACAGUAAUGUCUGGAUUUACCAGCAGGAUUUGUAAACUAUGAGAUAAGACAGCCAUUGGUUGCUUUGAAUGAAGUGACUGCACAAUAAUAGUAUUGUCCUAAUUAUAGAAUAGCUCAAUUCUGGUGGUUUACAGACCAUCAGAAGAGUUUAAUGGCUGUCUUUCCAGAGUCAGUCUUGGAAUUUAUUGAGUUUGAUCCAAUUCUUUACUCCAGGCGUAAUUGUAAAAAUACUGACUUGACACUGAAACCAAAAGUUGUUCAGAAAGUUUAUUUUGGAAAAAAAAAAUACAAUAACUUAAUUUGGAAAACAUUUGUUAUAAGUAGGCAACCUUUAAAUCCAAGUAAAAGAACUAGUUUGGCUCCAGUGAUAUUUUAGCAUGAUUUGUUAUACUAAUUUAAUAUUUUUAAGCAUGAGCCAAAAGAACAGUUCAUUGUCAACACAAAACUCUAAAGUGAGUUUGAUUUCUUAUGAGUAAACUAAUAGGACUGCUGUCAAAAAGAACAAAACAUGCAUUGCCUGAUAUUUGUCACUUUCUUACAAUCCUUGGAAUUCAUAGUGCAAAUUAUAAGAGGAUUCUUUGAGGAAAGCUGCACUUUUUACCUCCUCAGACACUUUAAAGAUAUAUAUUAUAAACACUGAUGUACAACAUCACAAUAAUUUCUAUUAUAGAAUGUCAAAUUUCAGUUUGGAAAUUUAGAUUUUUAAAAUGAGUUCUCUAAUGAAUAAUUUAAACCAAUUACAGUCUGUAAACUCUCAAUAAUAUGCCAAGGAAGAUACCAAAGCAUAGGUUUGAGGAUGGUUGCACGAUGCCUUUCCUUAUUUUUUUUAUGCACCUUCCAGCUAUUAUCCUAAUCUCCAGCCCACAAAGCUUAGUAGUUUUUGUGUCUCUGAUUUAAUUUUUCAACUACAUGACUAACAAGAACUCCAAAGUAUUCUACUCACAAAGUUUGUCCUUAUAUGAAUAAACUUUACUGCUUUCUCUUC